AUGCGAAUUAUUCCUUUACAAAAUUCAAUUGGAAUUGAUGGACAUUUAUAUUCUUCACCUUCCUUAAAUUUAAAUAAUUGUAAAUAUAGGCAAUCUACUAGUAAUGGUUUUGGGCUUUAUUCGCGGCAUAAAAAGGCUAAUAAUAAUUCUGAGGAAUUCCAAACAAAAACAAUGUCUAAUGGAGUAGGGGGUAUUUCUUCUUCUUCAGAAAUUAUUAAUCAUCAAAAUUAUCAAAAAUGUGAAAAUAACCAAAUAAAUAAUAAAGAAGAAAAUGAACAAAAUUUAAUUGAAUUAACAAAAAUAAAUAAUUAUUUUAAAGAAGAAAAAAAUGGGGGAGAGGAGGGGGAAAUUGGAGAAAAUGAACAACAACAACAACAAACUUCUUUUUGUAAUAAUUUCCCUCUUCAAAAUGAAGAAAAUAUUUUAUUAUCUGGACAAUCCCAAUUAUUAUUACAAGAAAAUAAAGAAGGGGAAGGAGGGGGGGAAUAUUUUGAAGAUAUUUAUCAACAAAAUAAUUUAGUAAUUGAAAAUGAAGAAGAAAUAAUUAAUGAAAGAGAAGCAACAGAAAUACAAUUAAGAAUUAAAAGAUUAGCUGGGGCACAUCAAUUAAUUGGAAAUAAUAAUGAAAGAAAUUUAUCUAAAAUUAAUAGUAAUAGAGAAUUAUUUAAUGGAAAUUUUGUUAAUAAUAAUCGAAGACAGCCAAAACCUUGCAAAGAUUAUGCUCUAAGUUUUAUUGUUGAUGCUAAAUUGUUGCAAAUUCGGAGGGCUGGUACCGAAUUACAAAUAACAGAUAAUGAAGGUUUUCCCCUUCUCGAUUUAUGGCAAAGAGCUAGUUGUUUCCGUUCACAUUCCUGGGUAUUUGAAUCAUUAGGGUUAACAGUUUUGACGCUUUGUGAUUUGGAAAGAAGAAUAUUUCCUUUACCAAAACUUUUGGGUGGCGGAGGGACAGAUUGUAGUAGUGGAGGUAAUGGAUAUGUUCAGAGAGUUGAUAAUCCUGACGGGGAAUGUUUUGCACAUUUUGUUGUUGGAAUACCUUUUUUGGUACAAGAUAGAAGGAGAAUGAAUAUUGCUAGAUUUGGAUUAGAACAACAAAGGUUUUUUUAA